CGCCGACUCAGGCCUAGGCCAGGUUGGAGCGUACGUAGUUAGUUUUGAGGCGCUGCAGAUGGGGUCUCUACCAGAACGAAAAGAUAUUCCACCGUGGGUGAAAGCUCCCGAAGACCUGAAAGAUCCCGAGGUGUUGCAGGUCCAGACGCAGCUCUUGGAGGCUCUGUUUGGCCCAGCGGGAUCUCGAAUCCCGUACUUCGAGCAAGUGAGCAAAGUCAUGCUCGAGCUAAAGGUUCUGGAAUCCUCGGACCUCACGGAGGUCGUGGUUUAUGGCUCUUACUUGCACAAGCUCAGGGCCAGGUGGAUGCUCCAGUCCAUGGCUGAAUGGCACCGCCAGCGACAGGAACGAGGGAUGCUCAAACUUGAGGAUGCCAUGAAAGCCCUAGAGCUAGGUCCUUGGAUGAAGUGAAGCCAGUUUGCAACCCGCGUACCUGGACUCAGGAUUUAAAGAGUAAACUGCCUCCAGAGGUGGAAUGCAUGUGGUCUGGUUGAAAUUCUGCUCCAGUCUGACAAGGAAAAACCAGCUGAUUUUUGGGUCUCCGCCUUUGUCUCAGUCCUAAUGUGGCUUUCCCCCCAGGU